UCGGGAGGGCGGGGCCGGAAGUGCGCUCGCGGGUGAGCCGCCGGGUGCCGGUAUGGGUGCUCCGGGAGGAAAGAUCAACCGGCCGCGAACGGAGCUGAAGAAGAAGCUGUUCAAGCGCAGGCGGGUGCUGAGCCGGGAGCAGAGGCUGAGGCGCCGGGUGGUGGGCGCGGUGGUAGACGAAGGGCUGACGACGCGGCACCACCUCAAGAAGCGCGCGUCCAGUGCACGUGCCAACAUUACUCUUUCGGGGAAGAAGCGCAGAAAGCUCUUGCAGCAGAUUCGCCUUGCCCAGAAAGAAAAGGCAGCUAUGCAAGUGGAAACCCCCUCAAAGCAAGCCAGGACUAGUGAGCCACGGCCUAAACGACAAAAGAAGAAAAAAGACACCCAGGAUGUAGAUAUGGAGGAUGUAGUUAUGGAGGACCUUGAUGUGAGCUGAUGUUCCUACCUUUUCUGUUGGAAGACUCUGGAGCUGGAGCCAGAAGGAUUCGAUGGUUGUUUUCAUAGGACUUUGGGGCAAGCAUUACCCUUUUUGCUCUCCCAGAUUCCUCUUCUAUAAUAGCCUACUGACCUCCAUGAAGGGAUGUUUUUUGCUAUGAGACUGGAGAGGGCCCACUCUAGCAGCUAGCUCCAUUUGUAAUAAAACCCUAGAGUUUUAA